AUGACGGCCGACAGGAAUCCCGUCAUCGGUCUGCUAGGCGGUGGGCAACUUGGGCGCAUGUUAUGUGAAGCGGCCAAUCCACUCGGCAUCGACAUCGCCAUUCUCGACGAGGAAAAUUCCCCCGCCAAGCAGGCGCACAAUACCAACCGCCAUGUUGUCGGCUCGUUCAAGGACCCCGCUCGCAUCCGGGAGCUGGCUGCCCAAUCCGACUUUCUGUCAGUCGAAAUUGAGCAUGUCGAGACCGAGGUGCUCGAGGACAUCGAGAAGAACGGCGUCGAGGUGAAGCAAGCCGACGGUACCACCAAGAUUCAUAAGCCCCCUGUCCACCCGUCAUGGAAGACGAUCCGCCUCAUCCAGGACAAGUACCUCCAAAAAGAGCACUUCCGUACGAGUGACAAGAACAUCCCCAUCGCGGAGCAGGUCGCGAUCGAGUCGGGGCCAGCCGCUCUCAACUCGCUCAAGAACGCUGCCGCCAAAUUCGGCCUCCCCUUCAUGCUGAAGGCACGGAAGGGCAGCUAUGAUGGGAGAGGCAACUUCAAGGUCGACAGCGAGGAAGACUUUGAAGCUGCAGUCAAGGCGCUUGGGGGGCUGAGCCUGUACGCCGAGAAAUGGGCCCCCUUUGUCAAGGAGCUGGCCGUCAUGGUCAUCAGGACGGAGGACGACGAUGGGACGCUCAAGAGUUGUGUCGCUUACCCCGCCGUGGAGACCAUCCACGAGGACAGCAUCUGCACCAAGGUUUUUAUGCCACCCCGAGAUGUUUCGGAGACCGUCUGUGAGGCUGCCCGAAAGCUGGCAACGGAGGUGAUCAGCACGCUCUGGGGCCGCGGCUCUCUAAUGGUUAACGAGGUCGCCCCCCGUCCUCACAACUCAGGCCAUUACACCAUCGAAGCAGUCCCCCAGAUGUCGCAAUACAAGGCGCAAAUACACGCUGUCCUUGACCUCCCCGUCCCCCAGAAGCUGACGCCCAGAGUCGCCUCCUCCAUUAUGCUCAACAUUCUUGGGGGGGCCACCCCCUCAGCCCAUCUCCCACUCGCCGAGCUAGCCCGGAAGACCUUCGACGACGAUAUGGACAUCCACCUACACCUCUACAACAAAGCCUCCAAGCCCGGCCGUAAGAUCGGCCACAUCACCCUCACCAGCACCACACUCUCCAUCCACGACCUCGAAACCAAAGCAAAACCCCUGACCGACCUAGUCAACCAAAUCCGCCACGACCGCCUCACCGCCUCCGCCGAAACCCUCCGGCCCACAACCACCACCACCACCACCACCACCACCACCACCCCACAACCCACCCCCUCAACCACUCCCGCCCCCCUCGUUCUCAUCACCAUGGGUUCCGACUCCGACCUUCCCGUACUCAGCGCGGGGCUAGCCAUCCUCCGCGAGUUUGAUGUGCCGUAUGCGGUGGACAUCACGUCGGCGCACCGCACGGCGCGGUACAUGAUGGAGGUGGCGGCGGCAGCGGCGGGCCGCGGCGUGCGCGUCGUCAUCGCGGCGGCCGGGGGCGCGGCCCACCUGCCGGGCAUGUUCGCGUCCGAGACGCCGUUGCCGGUGAUUGGGGUGCCCGUGAAGGCGACGCAUUUGGAUGGGAUGGAUAGUUUGUUGAGUAUUGUGCAGAUGCCGAGAGGCGUGCCGACUGCUACGGUGGGGAUCAACAACUCGACCAACGCCGCGCUGCUGGCCAUCCGGAUCCUGGGAUCGUCCAUGCCCGAGUACCAGGAGAAGAUGAAACGGUACCAGGCCAACAUGGAGGAGCAGGUCAUUGAGAAGGGGAAUAAGCUGAGGGAGAUCGGUGAUGUGGAGUACCUUGCUGCGAAGGGUAAAUGA